UUGGUUCAAUCGACAUCUGGGCUUCGCCAGAAAUCGGUGCUAUAUAUGUCGUGUACUUAACUAAGGGGAGAUGCGGACUCUGGGCGCAUGUUAGAAUACCGUAAAGAAUUUGUUGAUUAGUUGGGGCAAUACGGAAAUUGAGAAAUAGAGAGAUGGAUCCAAAUGCAGUUAAGUCAACUCUUUCUAAUUUAGCAUUUGGAAAUGUAAUGGCAGCAGCAGCUCGUGAUUAUCAGAAGGAAGUGCUAGCUCAACAAAAAGCACAGACUUCUACGUCUAUGAAUCAGGAGGUUGAUUUUGAUGACUUGAUGGAUGAUCCCGAGCUGGAAAAGUUGCACGCAGAUCGGAUUGCUGCUCUAAAGAAAGAAGCUGAGAAGCGAGAAACAUUGAAGAAGCAAGGGCAUGGAGAGUACAGAGAGAUAUCUGAAGGGGACUUCUUAGGUGAAGUCACUGGGAGUGACAAAGUAGUCUGUCACUUCUACCAUCGGGAGUUUUACCGAUGCAAGAUAAUGGACAAGCAUUUGAAGUCCCUUUGCCUGAGGCAUCUCGAUACCAAGUUUAUCAAGCUAGAUGCAGAGAAUGCUCCUUUCUUCAUUGCCAAACUUGGAAUCAAAACUCUGCCUUGUGUCAUUUUGUUCAGGAAAGGAGUUGCAAUAGAUAGAUUGGUCGGGUUUCAGGACUUGGGAGGUAAAGAUGAUUUCACCACAAAGACACUUGAGGCUCUACUAUUGAGAAAAGGAAUUCUAAGUGAGGUCAAACGAGAUGAAGAAGAUGAGCAUGGCGAUUAUCACGGAAACAGGCGCAGGGCAGUAAGAUCCUCUGCGGAAGUUAAUUCUGAUUCCGACUGAAGAGGGAAGGGAGACUGCUCAGCUUGGAUUUUUGCUGCCUUUCGCUUUGUAUUUUUUCCUUGUUUUUCUAAUGGUAGACCUAUUACUGCCCAGGCAAGGCGUGUGUUAGUUGACUACAGUAUCCCGACCACAAGGGUAACUUGGUCAUUUCACUGCAAUUCACAGGCAGUACGGCCACCCUUUUAUCAUAGUUAACCAUGUCAAUUACCUCUGCAGGCCUAUUCCGUGCUGUUGAUUUGGAUUAUUAGUUGCCUUCUGAUUGCGAAUUUGCAAUACUUUGUCAUA